CCCCGAUUCACAAUUUCCCCCUCAAUCAUUGAAACCGAUCUCUCUCGGCCUUCGUCAUCCCUACCACAAAGAAAGAUCCCUCUGCCUCUUCGACAGUGAUCAACGAUGGCAGGUUUCAGCGGUGACGAAACUGCUCCAUUCUUUGGCUUCCUUGGAGCCGCUGCUGCCCUUGUCUUCUCCUGUAUGGGAGCCGCUUACGGAACAGCAAAGAGUGGAGUAGGCGUGGCCUCUAUGGGAGUUAUGAGGCCAGAGCUCGUCAUGAAAUCCAUUGUCCCAGUGGUAAUGGCUGGAGUGCUGGGUAUUUAUGGAUUAAUCAUAGCUGUUAUUAUUAGUACAGGAAUUAACCCGAAAGCAAAAUCUUACUAUCUCUUCGAUGGGUAUGCCCACUUAUCGUCCGGCCUUGCCUGUGGCCUUGCCGGACUUUCUGCCGGAAUGGCGAUUGGAAUUGUUGGUGAUGCUGGAGUUCGGGCGAACGCCCAGCAACCAAAGCUGUUCGUGGGAAUGAUUCUUAUUCUGAUCUUUGCGGAAGCUCUGGCCCUCUACGGCCUCAUCGUGGGUAUCAUUCUGUCAUCUCGUGCUGGCCAAUCCCGUGCUGAUUGAAAUUAGGCCGUAUGGGGUUAUGCCGUUAUAGUUGAUAGCCGAUCAGUAAAUCUUUUAUGAUGUACCAUAAUUAUGCAUUUCUUGUGACUGCAGUUUAUUAUAACUAUUUUUUUCAGGAGACACGCCCUGUAUCUUAUACGCGGAUUCCAACAGUUUUUCCGAGUUUUGAUUUUCCUGCGUCUUAUUGUUAUGAUAGGAUUUCGUGACUCUAUCUAUCCUAUUCUGAAUUUCUGAUUUUCUCCAUCA